ACAAUUCGAUAUUGAAGUAAAUUAGUGUUUAGCUUUAUCGGCCUUUAAAAUAACUUAUACCUUCUGAUUUAAAAUAUCUCAACUAUAGAUGGUGAUCAAAAACUAUUUUCUAUUCAUUGAUGUAAUAACCGAGUUUCAAAAAUGUCUCUUAUUUUUAAAUCAAUGUCUGUUUUAUCAAUACAAGGUGAUGGAGCAAUAUGUUCACUAUUCAAAGAUACAGUUUUAAAAGUUAAAUUUGAGUGCCAAGAGCUUUGUAUAACAGAAGCAGAUGAUGCAACUGAUACCAGAAAAUCUUCAGCGAUGACAAUUCUGUUUACACAUGACACUGAAUGUUUGCGGGCUUCUAGUCGAAGUUAUAUGGUGACUCAAGUGCAUAAUAGUUAUCUUUUCACAUUUGGUAUCGAUUUAGAUGUCUUAACAGUCCAAAUAUGUUUGGAUGUAUCAGGUAAGAGUGUCAGAUAA